AUGAUUAGUCCCUACACAUCCUUUCAUGUGUCCCAUUCUGAUCAUUGUAGAUUGUUGUUACAGGAAUCCGUGUCAUUCGAAGAUGUGGCUGUGGAUUUCACCCGACAGGAGUGGCACAGACUAGACCCUGCCCAGAGGACCAUGCACAAAGAUGUGAUGCUGGAGACCUAUAGCAACCUGGCAUCUGUGGGCCUCUGCGUGGCCAAACCAGAGAUGAUCUUCAAGUUGGAGCGAGGAGAAGAACUGUGGGUAUUAGAGGAGGAAUCCUCAGGCCAUGGUUACUCAGGAUCGCUCUCACUGCUGUGUGGCAGCAGUUCUGUUGGGGAUAAUGCCCUCAGACAUGAUAACAACCUUCUUCAGCAUCAGAAGAUUCAAACUUUGGGUCUAAAUAUUGAAUAUAAUGGAUGUGGGAAAGGCUUCCAUGAGAAAACUGACUUUGUUAGACAUAAAAGAACACACACAGGGGAUAAAAACUUUGAAUGUCAUGAAUGUGGGAAAGCUUAUUGUAGGAAAUCAAACCUUGUUGAACAUCUGAGAAUACACACAGGGGAGAAACCCUAUGAAUGUGGUGAAUGUGCAAAAACCUUCAGUGCAAGAUCAUACCUCAUUGCUCAUCAGAAAACUCACACGGGAGAGAAGCCCUUUGAAUGUAACGAAUGUGGAAAAUCUUUUGGCAGGAAGUCACAACUCAUUCUACAUAGGCGAACACACACAGGAGAGAGACCCUAUGAAUGUACUGAGUGUGGGAAAACCUUUUCUGAGAAGGCAACCCUCACGAUUCAUCAGAGAACUCACACGGGGGAGAAACCCUAUGAAUGUAGUGAAUGUGGGAAAACAUUUCGUGUAAAGAUAUCCCUUACGCAACACCACAGAACUCACACGGGGGAGAAACCCUAUGAAUGUGGGGAGUGUGGGAAAAACUUCCGAGCAAAGAAAUCCCUAAAUCAACAUCAAAGAAUUCACACAGGUGAGAAACCCUAUGAGUGUGCUGAAUGUGGCAAAUUCUUCCGAAUGAAGAUGACUCUCAAUAAUCAUCAGAGAACUCACACAGGUGAAAAGCCCUAUCAGUGUAAUGAAUGUGGGAAAUCUUUCAGGGUGCACUCAUCUCUUGGGAUCCAUCAGAGAAUUCACACAGGAGAGAAACCUUAUGAAUGUAAUGAGUGUGGCAAUGCCUUCUAUGUGAAAGCACGCCUCAUUGAACAUCAGAGAAUGCAUUCAGGAGAGAAACCCUAUGAAUGUAGUGAAUGUGGGAAAAUCUUCAGUAUGAAGAAAUCCCUCUGUCAACACCAGAGAACUCACACAGGAGAGAAACCUUAUGAAUGUAGUGAAUGUGGCAAUGCCUUCUAUGUGAAAGUACGCCUCAUUGAACAUCAACGAGUUCACACAGGUGAGAGACCCUUUGAAUGUCAAGAAUGCGGGAAAGCUUUCUGCCGGAAAGCACACCUCACAGAACAUCAGAGAACACACAUAGGCCGGCCCUUGCCUUGCACUAUGGAGAAAGCCUCUCCCUGAAGACUUGCCUCAGCAUUGAAUCAAACUUCUUGGGGCAUCUGAUCACCUGGGCACACAGAGCCUGCCUGUAACAAUUUGGCACCUAUGUUUCUGCCAAAAUAUGUCCUGA